UAGAAGCUGACUUGACUGGACUUGUAGGGCGUGCCACUUGAGGUACGGCGCGCAUUAAGGGGCUACUACAAGUAGUGAAUUCAUGAAAGCCUCGGCUGUCAUCCAUUCAUGGCGAUAUGUAGCAGCAACUUCCUCACAGGAAGUGCAGCAGAGCUGGCAAGUUUGCAAAAUCAAGUGAUCAUCCCCUGCGAAGGCGUAUCUGACAUAUCAAAGGGAAAAAGUUGUUCGGUGUGAAAACCCCAGCUGAGAGCAGGAUGCAGAGGUUCUUUCGGCCGCUAGCUGGCCUCUUCAUCGUGCUUUUCAUUGGUCUUGCGAGGUGGAAAUGGGAGGUGAUAUCCAUCACAGACCUAUACCACGAGACCACCAUAUCACCAGAAACAAUUCAACACAUCCACAACUCCUCACACCUCAUGGUGUCUGCAUUUAAGGACCAUCGUAGAGGCGGGGCCAUACGGGUGAUUAGCAUCCUGAGAAGAUCGGCGUUCAAGAAGCUGUACUGUGUGCUCUGUGUUCAAGCUAACGCUAGGACUGAGUGGGACGACGGGUGUAGUCAACGGGUGUCUUCAGAGGCAGUCGUUGAAAUACACAGCGAUCACUUUGGCUUUCCUUACGGGACUUCAGACAUAUUGUGCAACAGUUCAUCAUCCUUUAAGCCGACACAUGUGGCCAUAUCAAUGGACCCAAUCACUGUCCAGAAUUUGAGAUAUUUACCCAUUCAAAACCAGGAGACCAAGGAUUCAUUUAAGUACAGUUUCACUGUGUGCAUAUCCAACCUCUUUGGCGAGUACAACAAUGCCCUGCAGUUUGUGCAGACCAUGGAGGUCUACAAGCUGAUAGGCAUUCAGCGAGUGGUCAUCUACAACACCAGUAGUGGGCCCGAUGUGGAGAAACUACUCAAGUACUACAGCAAAGAGGGUAUGCUUGAGGUUGUUCCUUGGUCAAUAGACAAAUUCCUAAAGCCUUCUCAUGGGUGGCAGCCACAGGAGUCACCUGGGGACUUGCAUUACUAUGGCCAGCUCACCACGCUGAACGAAUGCAUAUACAGACACAUGUAUCAGUCCCAAUACCUCCUCCUGAAUGACAUAGAUGAGAUUAUCAUGCCUUACAAACAUGCCAGCCUGGGGGACUUAAUGGAUACCCUACAGACACAGCAUCAUGACGCUGGAGUCUUCAUAGUUGAGAACCCCAUUUUCCCCAAAACCCAGUUUGACGAGAGAGGGCGCUUUAGCCGGCGCGAGUGGCAGAAUGUGCCUGGUAUAAAUAUCCUGGAACACAUUUACCGUGAGCCUGACCGGAAGGGAGUACACAAGCCCACUAAAAUGAUCAUCAAUCCCCGCUCUGUGGAGCAGACAUCCGUACACUCAGUCCUAAAGCACUUUGGACCCUCCAUCAAUGUCCAGUUUGAUGUCUGUCACAUAAUCCACGUCAGGGUCCCUCUGCAAGGGAGCCUACACAAAAACCAACUGCACGUGGACAAGAAACUUUGGGAGUUUGAGAAGAGGCUGAUACCGAAUAUCAAUCUAGCACUUAAUGAGUCAGGACUCUUAAUGUGAUAUA